GUCGAGAGGGAGUUGCACUGUGAGUGAGUUCCGAAUAUUCCGAUUAUAUUCACCGAGAGUCUCUCGUCCACCCUCCAAUCCAACCAGCCAUAAACUGGGAAUCCGUCUGUCAGUAAAUUUAACUACCAACACAGUCAUCUCGUCAUCUCGGAGAGGAAGAUACCAAUAAUCUGCUAAAUCUCCACUCCUCCUCGCAGAACGAAGGGUCAGGUGGACGUGUAAAUUGAUUGCCAAGUGUUGCCCCACUUUGCCUCCUCCUCGUCGUCCUUUCCCCGUCCAAGCACACCCACAGCCGGGCGUUGAAGUACGUCAUCAUGGCUUCAGGAAUUAUUCCCAUCCGGUUUCAGGAGCAUUUACAGCUCACCUCCAUCGGAAUUAAUCAGGCGAACAUCAGUUUUAACAACUUGACGAUGGAGUCGGACAAAUUUAUCUGUGUUCGAGAGAAGGUGGGAGAUUCUGCACAGAUCGUUAUUAUCGACAUGACGGAUCCAAACAGCCCUAUUCGUCGCCCAAUUACAGCAGAUUCGGCCAUUAUGAAUCCUGCCAGCAAAGUGAUUGCUCUCAAGGCUGGGAAAACGUUGCAGAUUUUUAAUAUUGAGAUGAAGAGCAAGAUGAAGUCGCACGCUAUGGUGGAGGAGGUCAUCUUUUGGAAGUGGAUUUCCCUCAACACCAUCGGUCUCGUUACGGACUCGGCCGUCUUUCACUGGAGUAUGGAAGGGGAAUCCAUUCCACAGAAAAUGUUCGAUCGUCAUUCCAGUCUUGCGGGGACACAAAUAAUUAACUAUAGGACUGAUGCUAAACAAAAUUGGCUCCUUCUGGUUGCAAUUUCCGCUCAGCAAAAUCGAGUUGUUGGUGCGAUGCAACUUUAUUCCGUGGAACGGAAAGUGAGUCAACCCAUUGAAGGACAUGCUGGAACAUUUGCACAGUUGAAAUUGGAAGGAAAUCCUGAACCAUCCAAUCUUCUUUGUUUCGCUGUUCGAAACGCGCAAGGAGGAAAGAUUCAUAUUGUAGAGGUGGGCGGUGUCCCGACUGGGAAUCAAGCCUUCACUAAAAAGAGCAUGGACGUCUUCUUCCCACCAGAGGCACUAACUGAUUUCCCUGUAGCUAUGCAAGCAAGUAACAAGUACGACAUUGUCUAUCUGAUCACAAAGUACGGAUACAUUCAUCUCUACGACUUGGAGAGUGCUGCGUGUAUAUACAUGAACCGAAUUAGCUCUGACACUAUUUUUGUUACUGCUGCUCAUGAAACCACGGGUGGGAUUCUUGGAGUCAAUAGAAAGGGACAAGUCUUGUCUGUCACAAUCGACGAAGACACUGUAGUUUCUCACAUUGUCAAUAAUUUGUCGAAUCAAGAUUUGGCCCUCAGGGUGGCAUUCCGAAACAACUUGAGUGGAGCUGAGGAUCUGUUCAUUCGAAAGUUUAAUACCCUGUUCCAAAAUGCGCAGUACACGGAUGCUGCCAAGGUCGCUGCACAAGCUCCCAAAGGGAUUUUGAGGACGCCUCAGACCAUUCAACGGUUUCAACAGGUCGCAACUCAGCCAGGACAAACGUCGCCACUUUUACAGUAUUUUGGGAUCCUUUUGGACCGAGGUCAACUCAACAAGUUUGAGUCUCUCGAGUUGUCUCGUCCAGUUUUGCAACAAGGGAAGAAACAAUUGAUGGAGAAAUGGCUAAAGGAAGACAAAUUAGAAUGUUCCGAAGAACUUGGAGACUUAGUGAAGCAGGUUGAUCCUACAUUGGCCCUGUCGGUGUAUUUGCGUGCAAAUGUGCCCAACAAGGUCAUCCAGUGUUUCGCUGAAACUGGUCAAUUUAAUAAAAUUGUUUUGUACGCCAAGAAAGUUGGCUAUACGCCAGAUUAUGUCUUUUUGCUACGUAAUUUGAUGCGUGUCAAUCCCGAUCAAGGAGUUGGAUUCGCCCAAAUGCUUGUUCAGGACGAAGAACCUCUCGCCGAUAUUAACCAGAUCGUCGAUAUUUUCAUGGAACAAAACAUGGUUCAACAAUGCACUGCAUUUUUAUUGGACGCCUUAAAGAACAAUCGCCCAACUGAAGGCCCCUUGCAAACAAGACUGCUAGAAAUGAAUUUGAUUGCUGCUCCACAAGUGGCUGACGCGAUUUUGGGAAAUCAAAUGUUCACUCACUAUGAUAAGGCCCAUAUUGCCCAGAUGUGUGAGAAAGCUGGUCUUCUGCAAAGGGCUUUGGAACACUACACUGAUUUAUAUGAUAUCAAACGAGCCGUUGUACACACUCAUUUACUUAACCCUGAGUGGUUGGUGACAUACUUUGGCACGCUGUCCGUCGAAGACUCUGUUGAAUGUCUCAAAGCCAUGUUGACUGCAAACAUCAGACAGAACCUCAACAUCUGUGUUCAAAUUGCCACCAAGUAUCAUGAGCAGUUGACAACGAAAGCUCUGAUUGACCUUUUCGAGUCGUUCAAAAGCUAUGAAGGACUAUUCUACUUUCUGGGCUCUAUCGUCAACUUUAGUCAAGACUCAGAAGUUCACUUCAAAUACAUUCAAGCCGCAUGCAAAACCGGACAAAUCAAAGAAGUUGAGAGGAUAUGCCGAGAAUCCAAUUGUUACAAUGCGGAAAGAGUCAAGAAUUUCUUGAAAGAAGCCAAAUUAACGGAUCAACUCCCACUCAUUAUUGUGUGCGACCGCUUCGACUUUGUCCACGACCUUGUUUUGUAUUUGUACAGGAACAAUUUGCAAAAAUACAUUGAAAUCUAUGUUCAAAAGGUCAACCCUUCCCGACUUCCAGUUGUUGUGGGCGGUCUACUAGACGUGGAUUGUUCCGAAGAUGUUAUCAAAAGCCUUAUAAUGGUGGUUCGAGGGCAGUUUUCAACUGACGAGUUGGUUGAGGAGGUAGAGAAACGCAAUCGCCUGAAGCUGCUCCUACCAUGGUUGGAGUCCAGAGUUCAUGAGGGUGUCAUCGAACCUGCAACCCACAAUGCGCUUGCAAAAAUCUACAUUGAUAGCAACAACAAUCCUGAGAGAUUCUUAAAAGAGAAUCAAUACUACGACAGCAAAGUUGUGGGUAAAUAUUGUGAAAAGCGAGACCCGCAUUUGGCAUGUGUCGCAUAUGAACGUGGUCAUGCGGAUCGGGAACUGAUUCAUGUUUGCAAUGAAAAUUCACUUUUCAAGUCGGAAGCAAGAUACUUGGUACGACGACGGGAUCCAGAGUUGUGGGUCGAAGUUUUAAACGAGGAGAACCCCUACCGAAGACAGUUAAUUGAUCAAGUGGUCCAGACAGCUUUGUCGGAAACUCAAGAUCCCGAGGAUAUAUCUGUCACGGUUAAGGCUUUCAUGACGGCUGAUCUUCCCAAUGAAUUGAUUGAACUGCUCGAGAAAAUUGUUUUGGACAACUCUGUAUUUUCUGACCAUAGAAAUCUACAAAAUCUGUUAAUCUUAACGGCGAUAAAGGCAGAUAGAACAAGAGUUAUGGAGUACAUCAAUCGCCUGGACAAUUACGAUGCUCCUGACAUUGCAAAUAUUGCAAUCAACAAUCAAUUGUAUGAGGAAGCAUUUUCCAUCUUUAAGAAGUUUGAUGUCAACACUUCUGCUAUUCAAGUUCUCAUCGAGAAUGUGUCCAAUCUUGACCGAGCAUACGAGUUUGCCGAGCGUUGUAACGAGGCCGCAGUUUGGAGUCAACUAGCAAAAGCUCAGCUGCAACAAGGAAUGGUUAAGGAAGCGAUCGACUCUUACAUCAAAGCCGAUGACCCUUCAGCCUUUGUGGAUGUGGUAGAAACAGCCCAUAAGACAGGAGGAUGGGAAGAUUUGGUCCGAUACCUUCAGAUGGCCCGUAAGAAGGCUCGCGAAUCUUACAUUGAGACCGAGUUGAUUUAUGCCUAUGCAAAAACUGGACGUUUGGCCGAUUUAGAAGAAUUUGUGUCGGGACCAAAUCAUGCAGAUAUUCAAAAGAUUGGUGAUCGUUGUUUCGACGCCGGAAUGUUCGAUGCUGCCAAGCUCCUCUACAAUAAUAUAUCAAACUUUGCCCGACUAGCAAUUACAUUGGUGUAUUUGAAAGAGUACCAAGGUGCCGUUGACUCAGCGAGAAAGGCUAACAGCACACGCACGUGGAAAGAAGUUUGUUUCGCGUGCGUCGAGUCUGGAGAAUUCCGAUUAGCUCAAAUGUGCGGCCUACACAUUGUGGUUCAUGCGGACGAGUUGGAAGAUUUAAUCAAUCAUUAUCAAGACCGUGGAUAUUUUGAGGAAUUGAUCAAUCUCUUGGAAGCAGCUUUGGGCUUGGAAAGGGCUCACAUGGGAAUGUUCACUGAGCUGGCUAUCCUUUACUCAAAAUUUAAGCCAGAAAAGAUGAAGGAACAUUUGGAACUGUUUUGGUCCCGCGUUAAUAUUCCAAAGGUUUUACGAGCUGCAGAACAAGCUCACUUGUGGGCAGAAUUGGUAUUCCUCUACGAUAAAUACGAAGAAUAUGACAAUGCCGUGACGGCAAUGAUGACCCAUCCAACUGAAGCCUGGAGAGAGUCGCACUUUAAGGAUAUCAUUACCAAGGUGGCUAAUAUUGAGCUUUACUACAAAGCCAUCCAGUUUUAUUUAGACUACAAGCCCAUGUUACUAAAUGACUUGUUGGUGGUGUUAGCACCAAGAAUGGACCACACCCGAUCUGUCAGCUUUUUCGCUAAAGUAAAUCAUUUAAAACUGGUGAAACCAUAUUUGAGAGCCGUUCAAAGUCUAAACAACAAAGCAAUUAAUGAAGCAUUGAAUACCUUACUAAUUGAAGAAGAGGAUUAUCAAGGUCUCCGUACGUCAAUUGAUGCCUUUGACAAUUUUGAUAAUAUCGCAUUGGCCCAAAAGUUGGAAAAGCAUGAGCUCAUAGAGUUCCGAAGAAUUGCUGCAUACCUCUACAAAGGCAACAACCGAUGGAAGCAAUCUGUCGAGUUGUGUAAAAAGGAUAAACUUUACAGAGAUGCCAUGGAGUAUGCUGCCGAAUCCAAAAAUCCUGACAUUGCUGAGGAAUUGUUAACGUGGUUCCUAGAUCAAGGAAAUAAUGACUGUUUCGCAGCCUGCCUCUUCCAUUGUUACGACUUGCUACAUCCCGAUGUAAUUUUGGAAUUAUCCUGGCGCAAUGGAAUUAUGGAUUUCGCCAUGCCCUACAUGAUUCAAGUUCUACGUGAAUAUCGUACAAAGAUUGACCGAUUGGAGGAACUGGAAACCCAAAGAGUAGAAGAAGGACACACAAAUGAUGGAAAAGCAAUGAUCAUGGAACCCCAAUUGAUGUUAACAGCUGGACCUGGAAUGAUGCCCCCUGGUUAUCCUCAAGGCUACCCUAAUGCAUACGGAACCGGAGGUGUACCUUAUCAAGGUUACGGGAUGUAAAGUUAUUCUUGUAGUAGUGGAUCAAAUGUAAUCAAUCUGCAAAACCAAGUGUGUCAGCGAGUGCAUCUGCUAGUGGAUAUAUAAAUAAGAAACAAUCCUUUAACAUAAGCUUUAGAUUAGAGAAGAGAUUUGAUUAGGUUUAGUAAGUGUAUUAACCAAUUAUUUGUGCGUGUAUUUAUGAUCCAAAUUUGUAUGAUGAUAUGAUAUGAAUCAAGCUGUGUGAAAUACAUUCCGCUAAGUGUAUUACAAAUAUUGAGAUGUAUGCUGAGUAACUUUCUUCAAUGAUAAUAAUACCGAUUCCUCUUAUUCUUAAAAUGGACACAACAAGUGUAAAAAUGAAUUGGGUUUGUUUGUUUCAUUCAUAUAGUUAUACAUAUAUAUAAAUUCACAUUAUUUUGUAUUUCAAUAAUCAGACUAUGCUAUAAAAGUAUAUAGCUUUUCUUUAAAAAAUA